AUGGCAAAGGACACUGAAAAUGAUGCUGUUAAAGCAGCACUCCCACGCCGAAUUCCACACUGGCGAAUCUUAACAGACCAGGGUGUGGUCACCCCUGAGAUAAUUGAGUAUCCAUAUGUUGGAUCUGGUACAGAAGAAGACCCCUAUGUCGUCGAAUGGAUCCCCAAUGACCCGCGCAAUCCGAUGGAAUUUAACACAACCUUGAAAUGGAUGUAUACCGUUACCGUCGCCUUUGCCACGUUCGCCGUGUCUCUCUCUUCCUCUGCCUACGCCGGCAGUAUCAAUGAAGUGGUCAGUGAUCUGAAUGCCAGCGAGGAAGUCGCUACUCUCGGUGUCUCAAUGUUCGUCAUUGGAUUCGCGGUCGGUCCCUUGCUUUGGGCACCACUGUGUGAGCUCAUCGGCCGUCAGAUCGUGUUCCUCGGAACGUUCCUUGCGUUAUCGGUGUUCUGCGCGGGCGCAGCAGGCUCGCAGAACAUCUGGACACUGAUCAUCCUCCGCUUUUUCGCCGGCUCCUUCGGCUCAUCACCACUCACCAAUGCCGGCGGCGUCAUCGCUGACAUUUUCACCGCCGAACAUCGAGGUCUAGCAACAAGCCUAUUCGCCGGUGCGCCAUUCCUAGGCCCAACAAUGGGCCCAGUGAUAGGAGGCUUCCUAGGCGAAAACGCCGGCUGGCAAUGGGUCCAAGGUUUCCUAGCCGUCUUUACAGGCCUGAUCUGGAUGGUCGAAAGCCUUCUAAUCCCAGAAACCUACGCACCAGUCCUCCUAGCCAAACGAGCCCAGCGACUUUCAUCCCUAAGCGGCAAAGUCUACCGCAGCAAAGUGGAAAUCGAGCGCGGGCGCGUCUCACCAAGAGAUGCAUUCACUACUGCCCUAGGAAGACCCUGGAUCCUCCUCUUCUCCGAACCAAUUGUCCUCCUCCUAUCCCUCUACAUGGCCAUCGUUUACGGAACUCUCUACAUGCUCUUCGAUGCCUUCCCAAUCAUCUUCCAGGAAAUCCGUGGUUGGAGCGAGGGUGUCGGUUCUCUACCCUUCCUAGCUGUGAUGAUCGGUAUGAUGGCCGCCGUCGGCGUAAACAUGUACGACAACAAACGCUACGUGAAAAUCCACAAAGCGCACAAUGGCUUCGCGCCGCCGGAGGCUCGUCUCCCGCCGACGAUGUGGGGUGGUCUCGCUAUCCCGAUCGGGCUAUUCUGGUUCGCGUGGACGAAUUCCGCGUCGAUCCCAUGGAUUGUGUGCGUGCUUGCCACUACGCCGUUUGGGUUCGGGAUGGUAUUUGUUUUCUUGGGGAUUAUGAACUACCUCAUUGAUGCGUAUACCAUUUACGCUGCGUCGGUGCUUGCUGCGAAUUCCAUUAUUCGGAGUUGUUUCGGUGCUGGGUUCCCGCUUUUCACGACGUAUAUGUAUCACAAUCUUGGGAUUCAUUGGGCGUCGUGUGUACCUGCUUUCUUGGCACUUACUUGUUGUCCUUUCCCUUUUAUCUUUUAUCGGUAUGGGCCUGCUAUUCGGCGGAAGUGCAAGUAUGCCGCUGAAGCUGAUGAUUUCAUGCGCACUUUGGCCAAGAAGGCUGGUGUUCAGGGGGAUGGGGGUGAUAAUGAGAAGAGGGAUGAGAUUGUGGCCGAGGCUGUUGUUGAUGGGUCUCAGGCCCCAGAAGCGAUGUUUGAUGCUGAUGCUGAUGAUGCGUCGGUCUCUUCUCGGUCAUCUCUUGAGCGGACGGGCACUUACGAGGCUAACCCUUAUGACAUUGACCGUGUGAACACUCGCAAUUCUGCCAUUACUCAGCGAUCACAGUCGAGUACUGGUUGGAAGCUGUUUGGACGCAAGUGA